UCAAUAGUAGCAGAGUAUCAGCUGAGUGGUAGCACAUGCAGCGGUUUCAAAUUUCUAAAUAUUCGAAUUCGUUUGAAUUACGUUUCAAUGGUAUCAACUAUGUUUAUGAACUGCAGCAAAUGUUUCGUGCGGUUAUUGCAACCGCGACUGCGGGGGUUGAAUUUCGCAACAAUGUCUGAGGACACUUAUUUUUCACCUAAUCUUGGUAAUAAAGAAGAUAAAGAAGUCAUUAGAGGUGUUCCAGACACAAUAUGUGGACAAGCUACAGUGGAAGGUAAAAGUGGAGUAGCAGUAAUUAGACUGUCUGGUGAACAUGCCAAAGUUGCAUUACUUCGCAUGAUUAAACCACAAGUUCUGCCAAAACCACGAUUUGCCACUUUCUCUAAAAUCUACAACCCGUUCACUGGUGAACACAUUGAUAGCGGGCUUGUAUUAUAUUUCCCUAAGCCAAAUAGCUUUACUGGUGAGGAUACUGUGGAGCUGCAAACACAUGGAAGUAAAGCGGUCACCAAGUCUAUUCUUGAUAAUCUUAUCAGAAUGGAACAUAUCCGAUUAGCAGAACCUGGAGAGUUCACCAAGAGAUCAUUUUAUAAUGGAAAAAUGGACUUGACCCAGGUUGAAGGAUUAGCUGAUUUGUUAGACUCUGAAACUGAAACACAAAGAAAGAUUGCACUGCACCAAAUGAAUGGAGGUGCAUCAGAAAUGAUUCAUGAUUGGGAAAAUAGGAUAAUUACUCUGCAGGUUGAUCUAAUGGCUGAUACUGAUUUUGGGGAUACAGAUGAGAUCAAUUUUAAUAUUGAUCAAUUCUAUGCUAAACUACUAGGUGUUCAAAACGAGAUGAAAAAUGAAUUGGACAAAUUAGAAUUGGCGAGGAACAUAAAAGACGGGAUUAGAGUUUUUAUUUACGGAGCACCAAACGUUGGCAAAACCAGCGUAUUUAAUAUGUUAUCUGAUUCUGACUCAAUUGUUACAAAUAUUCCGGGAACGACAAGGGAUAUGGUGGAAAGUGUCACACACGUGUCUGGUUAUAAAGUUCGAUUUGUGGAUUCUGCUGGUAUACGGAUUGAAACUCAAGAUUUCAUCGAGGGCCAAGGUAUAUUUAAAGCAGUAGAAGCUCUGGAAGAUCAAACGACCAAAAUCAAUGUGCUAGUAUGCUCAAGUGCUGACCUUUUGAGGUAUAUAAGUGUAGGAGGUGACAACACCAUAAUUGGAUUUUUGAAAGACUACAUGAAUGAAAUGGGUUUAACACAUCUACACAACGAUACGAGGGAUUUUCUGAAUUUCUUCAAAUCUCCUACUAUUGUUAUUAUGAAUAAAUAUGACUUAAUUAAUGACAUUGAUGGAAAUGUAGAGAAAUCGCUAACUGAAUCCGUUAUUUGUUUUUCCUGUAAGACGAAUUAUGGUUUUACUAAGUUUUAUACAUAUUUAAUGAGGACUUUAUAUGCAGAGUUCGAACCAGACGACGGCGUCGUCUCUUUUAGUAGUAUGCGCCACAAGGAGUAUUUGCUAAAAUGCAUUUCCGAAUUGAGCUCUAUUAAAAAAGAUUCCCUUGAUUCGGCCAUCGCCGUGACUGCUUUGGAUCGAGUCAUUAAACAUUUAGAAUUGUUAGCUGGAAAAACAGCUAGAGAAAAACACCUAGAUAGUAUAUUUGAAAAGUUUUGUGUUGGAAAGUAAAUGAAUCCAAUUUUCUAACAAAAUUUUAUUACAAAAUGUUGUACUGUUUAAUAUUUUUAAAGAUGUUAUUUUGAAUGCAUUCAAUGUACAAGUGAGAAAGA